AUGCCCAACAUUUGUCAUUUGAGUUUCACCGCGAAUCGUAACACGUCGCCGAAUGAAUCGGUGGUGCCAAUCAAUAAUCCGUUCUCAUUGAAAUGCGGUGCUCGUGGCUAUCCGUAUCCUGAAAUCACGUGGACUAUUGACGAUCAACCAGUUGAGGAAGAACUUAAAGGGCGAUUCUCGAUUGGUUUAUUUUUU